ACCGCUGGUCUCAGGAGGACAUGCUGACUCUGCUGGAGUGCAUGAAGAAUAACCUGCCCUCCAACGACGGGAGCAAGUUCAAAACCACCGAGUCCCACCUGGAUUGGGAGAAAGUGGCUUUCAAGGACUUCUCGGGGGAGAUGUGCAAGAUGAAGUGGAUGGAGAUUUCUAACGAGGUGAGGAAGUUUCGGACCCUCACGGAGCUCAUCAUGGACGCCGAAGAGCACGUGAAGAAUCCUUACAAGGGCAAAAAGCUCAAGAAACACCCCGACUUCCCCAAGAAGCCCCUGACUCCCUAUUUCCGCUUCUUCAUGGAGAAGCGGGCCAAAUAUGCCAAGCUUCACCCCGAAAUGAGCAACCUGGAUCUCACCAAGAUCCUGUCCAAGAAAUACAAGGAGCUUCCCGAGAAGAAAAAGAUGAAAUACAUCCAGGACUUCCAGCGAGAAAAGCAGGAGUUUGAGAGGAACCUGGCGAGGUUCAGGGAAGAUCACCCGGAUCUCAUCCAGAAUGCCAAGAAGUCCGAUGUCCCCGAAAAACCCAAGACCCCCCAGCAGCUGUGGUACAACCAUGAGAAGAAGAUCUACUUGAAAGUGCGUCCAGAUGUGAGUACG